ACCAAGCAACAUUAAAGCUUUCCAACUGAGCUUUAAUUUCUUCCUCUCCAUGGGGUCAGGAGGAGGUUUGCCAACCAAAGGCAGCAACAAGACUCUCACAACCGCUUCCAACCUAGCAAACCUGUUGCCCACUAACACCGUCUUGAUCUUCCAAGCUCUUUUACCUUCCUUCUCCAACAAUGGAAAUUGUACAAUCGCCCAUAAGUACCUAACCUUGGGAAUCAUUUUCGUCUGUACUGCCGCAUGUUUCCUCUCAUCCUUCACUGACAGCUUCGUUUAUGAAGAUGGGAAGCUCUACUACGGUAUUGCCACCUGGAACGGCCUCUACGUCUUCAACGACGAUCUCCAUGACGGGCUUAACCAGGACAAGAAAACUACGCAGGAGAAGUUGAGACCGUACCGUCUGAAUCUUAUAGACUUUGUGCAUGCAAUUACGUCUUCGGUUGUGUUCUUGGUGGUUUCCAUUAGCAGCUCCAACGUGCAGGACUGUUUCUUCCCCAAGGCGGGGCCGAAUGAGGAAGCGCUGAUCACUAAUCUGCCGUUGGGAGCUGGGAUUUUGGCCAGCCUCCUGUUCAUGAUUUUUCCUACCAAACGAAGAGGGAUUGGGUAUGGAGAUAUGGCGAUGGCUAGGACUAUUACUGAGGAAGAUAACCCGAAGAAGAAGGAAACGGAGAAGGAGGAGAAGGAGAAGGGAAAGGAAACGGCCUUAGGCCCCGUUUAACAACACUUGGCGGUGCUUUUUCAUUUGGUUUUAUGUCCUUUUAUUAUUUUAAACAUAUAUAAAAUAUUAAUUAAGAUGAAUAUUCAAUAUGUAAAAUAUAUUUUAUAUAUUUUUAAGAUGUUAAUAAACCAGGAAACUUAUA